CCGGCCCGUCUGUCCGCCCUCUUGCUCGGUUCCUCCUGCCCCGUGCCCCGUGCCUCGGUCUCCCUUCCCGCCCGGGCCCCUGGCCCGGCACUCCUCCCCUCGAUGACAUUGCCUGCCUGCCCCCUGUCAGCCAGCGCCCGCUCUCCCCCCCCCAGACACUUUCGCAUUCCCCUCUCGUCGCCGAUGCUUGCCGGGCGUUCCCAGGCUCCCUUCUGUACCCCUUCGGCUCGCUCUUAAAGGGGCCACCCCUGCUCAUCGAGCCCUUAGGGUCUCCCCUCUCUGAAGGAGCAGAGCCCGGAGGACCUGCCUGCUCGGUGCUGGUACCCACGGGGUGUCCCUCAGGGGCUUAGCUCUGAGGCUCACGCAGCUCAGCUAUGAGGGGCUCGCCUAGUGGGCCAGUUCCGUGACCCCAGAGGCCGCUCUCCGCCAGCCCCCCUGCCCAGAACAUGUGGCUACGCCUUUGUCCACUCUCGCCGCCCCCGAGCCCCGAGCCCCCAGCCGGCCGGAGCCUGUGCCUUGCCUUGUGGAUCCUCAGCUUGGUGCUGAGGGCCGGCGCCCAGGCCCCGGCGCCCACGGUUAAUACCCACUUUGGGAAGCUGAGGGGUUCCCGGGUGCCCCUGCCCAGUGAGAUCCUGGGACCCGUUGACCAGUACCUGGGGGUGCCCUAUGCAGCCCCCCCGAUUGGCGAGAAACGCUUCCUGCCCCCUGAGCCGCCCCCAUCUUGGUCAGGCAUCCGGAAUGCCACGCACUUUCCCCCGGUGUGCCCUCAGAACAUUCACACAGCUGUGCCUGAGGUCAUGUUGCCCGUGUGGUUCACUGCCAAUCUCGACAUCGUGGCCACCUACAUCCAGGAACCCAAUGAGGAUUGCCUCUAUCUGAACGUCUAUGUGCCCACAGAGGAUGUAAAGCGGAUUUCCAAGGAAUGCGCCCGAAAACCCAACAAGAAAAUUUGUAGGAAAGGAGGAUCCGGUGCUAAGAAACAGGGCGAGGACUUAGCGGAUAAUGAAGGGGACGAAGACGAAGACAUCCGGGACAGCGGGGCCAAGCCAGUCAUGGUCUAUAUCCACGGGGGCUCCUACAUGGAGGGCACAGGCAACAUGAUCGAUGGCAGCGUCCUCGCCAGCUACGGCAAUGUGAUCGUCAUCACCCUCAACUACCGGGUUGGGGUGCUAGGUUUCCUGAGCACCGGGGACCAGGCUGCCAAGGGAAACUAUGGGCUCCUGGACCAGAUUCAGGCCCUCCGCUGGGUGAGUGAGAACAUCGCCUUCUUUGGCGGAGACCCUCGUCGCAUCACUGUGUUUGGUUCCGGCAUUGGGGCCUCCUGUGUCAGCCUCCUGACGCUGUCCCAUCACUCUGAGGGGCUCUUCCAGAGGGCCAUCAUCCAGAGUGGUUCGGCCCUCUCCAGCUGGGCGGUCAACUACCAGCCAGUCAAAUACACCAGCCUGCUGGCGGACAAGGUGGGGUGCAACGUGCUGGACACCGUGGACAUGGUGGAUUGCCUACGCCAGAAGAGUGCCAAAGAGUUGGUGGAACAGGACAUCCAGCCGGCUCGCUACCACGUGGCCUUCGGUCCCGUGAUCGACGGGGACGUGAUCCCCGAUGACCCCGAGAUCCUUAUGGAGCAGGGCGAGUUCCUCAACUAUGACAUCAUGCUGGGCGUCAACCAGGGAGAGGGACUCAAGUUCGUGGAGGCUGUGGUGGACCCUGAGGACGGGGUCUCGGGCACCGACUUCGACUACUCCGUCUCCAACUUUGUGGACAACCUGUACGGCUACCCGGAGGGCAAGGAUACCCUUCGGGAGACCAUCAAAUUCAUGUACACUGACUGGGCAGACCGGGACAACCCCGAGACCCGCCGCAAAACCCUGGUGGCCCUUUUCACCGACCACCAGUGGGUCGAGCCCUCCGUGGUGACGGCCGACCUGCACGCCCGCUACGGCUCGCCCACCUAUUUCUACGCCUUCUACCACCACUGCCAGAGCCUCAUGAAGCCAGCUUGGUCCGACGCGGCCCACGGGGAUGAGGUGCCCUACGUCUUCGGCAUCCCCAUGGUGGGCCCCACGGACCUCUUCCCCUGCAACUUCUCCAAGAACGACGUCAUGCUCAGUGCCGUCGUCAUGACCUACUGGACCAACUUUGCCAAGACCGGGGACCCCAACAAGCCCGUCCCCCAGGACACCAAAUUCAUCCAUACCAAGGCCAACCGCUUCGAGGAGGUGGCCUGGUCCAAGUAUAACCCCCGGGACCAGCUGUAUCUUCACAUUGGGCUGAAACCCCGGGUCCGUGACCACUACCGGGCCACCAAGGUGGCCUUCUGGAAGCACCUGGUGCCCCACCUGUACAACCUGCACGACAUGUUCCACUACACGUCCACCACCACCAAAGUGCCGCCCCCGGACACCACCCACAGCUCCCACAUCACCCGGCGUCCCAAUGGCAAGGCCUGGAGCACCAAGCGGCCCGCCAUCUCCCCGGCCUACAGCAACGAGAACGCCCAGGGGGCCUGGAACGGGGACCAGGACGCAGGGCCGCUUCUGGUGGAGAACCCUCGGGACUACUCCACGGAGCUGAGCGUCACCAUCGCCGUGGGGGCCUCCCUCCUCUUCCUCAACGUGCUGGCCUUCGCCGCCCUCUACUACCGCAAGGACAAGAGGCGGCAGGAGCCCCUGCGGCAGCCCAGUCCCCAGCGGGGCCCCGGGGGUCCUGGGGAGAUGGGAGCGGCCCCCGAGGAGGAGCUGGCAGCCCUCCAGCUGGGCCCCUCGCACCAUGAGUGCGAGGGCCCGCCCAGCCACGACCCACUCCGCCUCAGUGCCCUCCCUGACUAUACCCUGACACUGCGACGUUCUCCCGACGACAUCCCCCUCAUGACUCCCAACACCAUCACCAUGAUCCCCAACUCCUUGGUGGGGUUGCAGACGCUGCACCCCUAUAACACCUUCGCUUCUGGCUUCAACAGCACCGGGUUGCCCCACUCACACUCCACCACGCGGGUAUAGCUCUCCCCCGGAGCUUCUGCCCGGCCCGGCCCUGCUUCCCCCUCCCCAGGCCCCAUCUGUGCACACACCCAUACACCCCACCCCACAGAUACACACGCGCACAGAGCAGACCCCCCCCCCAUGCACAACCGCAGACACCCCCAUGUACAAACACAUAUCCAGAAUGAAACACGAAUGGACUCUUCAAAGGAGAAAGCCCUCAGCGGCCCCGGGGAGUCAGCACCCCUGGGGCGGUGGGAAGCGGCAGGUACCUGUCCCUGGUGCUGGCCAGCCCUUGGCCCCCCUCCUCCCUCCCCCCCCGCUUUCCUCUCUCCCCUCCCCAGCCAACCCCAGACUUGGGAUCCUUCUCCCUCCCACUGGGGCUGUUCUGGAUCUUGGUGGAUUUUGUCUUUAUUUUUAUUUUUCAUUUUUGAAUAAGUGCUUUCUUCUCCCCGGGAAAGGCAGAGAAGGGAAGGAAAGGCUCCUUCCCCUCAAUCCCCCAUCGCUCACAUAGCCAGAGACCAGGGAGCAGGGUUCUUUAAGCAGAACGGGACCCAACGAAUACCGUGGGCCAGAAAGAGGAAGGGAAGGGGAUGAGUUGCCUGGCCCCUGGCAUAGUUCAGGUCAACCCUCGCCUAGGCCUGCCCCGGGGGCCGCUGGGAAGGGGCUGCUUGGAGGGGGUGCAGCUUUCACCCUGGUACCAGGCCCCGGGUGACUAUGCUAGGGCCUGCCCGCACCCUCCCACCUUCGCUCGUCCCGCCACUCGAGUGCACUCUGGGGUGCUGCCCUUCCCCACCCUUGGGCUACUGCUGUUAGGAGCUUGCCCCCUUUUUCUUUUCAGAGUCUCUUUUGUGUCAUUUCUCUUUCAAAAAGACUUUUUAAAAAAAAAAGAAAAAAGAAAAAAAAGAAAAGAAAUUAGUUCUUAAAACACUAAUGGAAACCCCUGGAGUUUGUUCUUUGUACAGAUUUUAAACACGGUGUCUUGAUAUAAAAAUAAAAACUCCGGUUAGCGCUCCCAACCUGUGUCCCUUGUACAGGCCCUGCUACAGCAGCCCCCAAGCUCACCCCCAGCACCGGGCCUCCCGUGCCUUGGACCUCCUCUGCCCUUCCCGCCAGACUGUUCGAUCCCUCACGGCACUGCCAUUCCCUCAGGUGUUGGGCCCUGAAAUGGCAAAAACCAAAACCCAAAACCAUGUACGCUUCCCCCCUGGUGGAGGUGGGCGGGACCACCUGACUUCCUCCCAGCUGGGCACCCUGGCUUGCCCUCAGGUUCGCCCCUGGCCACAGUUGGGUCAGAAUAGCCAUGCAGCUCCCAGCCAGAGAGCGAGUCCUCCUCGGGAGACUGGAUGGGAUGGGGGCUGUUGGCUUCCAUACAGACAUGCCCCCUGGUCCGGGAAACUGAAUCGGAGAAGGUUUGGGGGUCCCCGGAAUGAUCUUUGAAACAGCCAUUGGCCCCGGGGAAUGGAUGGUGCAGGGGUCUCUAGUGACUUGGCUUUUGUGGCACCUGAGGCAAGCUUCCUGAAAGCUUCUCAAGAUGGGCGACCCCCAAAGCACUCUCAGAUCAUCAUUGAAGUGAGCCGUGAGAGAAUCCAGUGUUUCAGCUACUCUUGGUCAUCUCCUUGUAAGAAAGACUCGAAGGAAGGAGGGGCCAGAGAAGAGGAGGAGCCAGGACCGAAGGAAAAAAGGGCCAGGAUGUCAUUAACCCCUUUUGUUCAUUCUGGUUCUCUGUGUAAGGCCGGAACUGAGGUCUCUCAGGGGACAGAUGGAAGCUGGGGAUACAAAAAACAAACAAUAAAAGAAAACAAACCAUU